ACACAUUCAUCUUAGGUUUGUUACUAUAGGAUUUUUAGAACAUUUUUUGGGGAAAUAGGAUUUUGAUUUUCUAUAAAUACCAUAGUACCCUUCAUUUAGCAAUUAAGUUAAAUAAUUUUUUUUUUUUAUAAUUUUCGUUUCUGAUUUACGAAAUUAAAAUAGUAAAAAUAAAAAUACUUAGUAAAAAUUAAAAGAAUCAUUCUUUUUACUUAAGUCAAAAUAGUAAAAAAUUAAAAAAAAAAAAGACAAAAGGGGAAAAGGGAUUUCCCCAACCCUAAUUUUCUUCGAUUUCUUCUCUUCUUCGCCGUGGAGGUCUCCUUCAAUGGCGAUUCUUCACUGACACUCCCCUUUCUCUUGUGUUCUUCAAUUUCUUGUGUUCUUCGAUCUCUCUUGUCUCUAAUCUCUUCUCACCGCAUCUUCCUCUUCAAUAUCUUCUGUUCUUCCUCUUCGUCUCUUAUCAAUCCUGACGAAAUCGGACUCUUCCUUCUCACAAGAUAUGUCUGAGGAGCUACCAAAGAGGAUUUUUAAUGAGGGCGACGAGCCCCAAGUGACUCAGAUCAAUAACAACUGCAGGAUCGACUACAUUAUCAAGAAGUUCGAGAAGUGGAUGCCAAAGGAGUUUGCUGAUGUGAAGAAAGAUCCGGUUUUCUCUCAGGUUUUCAAGCUUCAUGAGAAUGGUCUUGGCUACUCCGCGAGAGUGAUACACAGCAUCUUGUGCAGGGAGCUUCUGACUUACAUGAUGCACGAGCUGUGGUUUGUUUUCGCUCGAAGGCCACAUCGAUUUUCACUCCAAGAGUUCCACGCAGUGACCGGGUUUGAGUGCAGGACUAGUCUUUCACUUAAGAUUGACUUAGAAGACUAUGCAUAUGACGGUGGUUUCUGGAGCAAGGUCUUGAAGAGGAAAGAUGAAUCCAUUACACUCUUCAACCUGUGGAAUAAGGACAAGGCAGCUGUGAUGAAGUGGAAGAAUGCAGAUCGCAUUAGACUGAUCUACUUGGCCAUCAUUCUCUGUGUGGUUUUGGCGAGAGAUGAGAAGGCCAAUAUCCCCCUCAAAUACAUCACACUGGUCAUGGAUCUCGAGAAGUUUCGGAAGUAUCCUUGGGGAGUUGCGGCUUACGACCUUCUCUGCAGUUCGAUAGCCAAAAACCGUCACAAACUGAAGGAGAAGACAACAAGUUAUGUGUUAGAUGGAUUCUCCUAUGCCUUGCAGAUUUGGGCUAUGGAAGCUGUUCCAAAGAUUGGGAAGCUUUGUGGAAAGAAACUGGACAAAAGCUUUGCUAAUGGUCCUAGAUGCAUCAACUGGAGGGGAGCUGCAAAGGUUUCAUAUGAUGAGAUCAAUAGGCUGGAGCAAAUCUUUACAACAGAGGAUGUCAGCUACCCAUACAUCUCAUGGGAAGGGAAUAUGGUUGUAAUCCAAAGUCAGGAAUUUCGCAGAGAUGAUGAUGUCGAGGAUGACAGGAUCAAUGUUGUGAUGGAGUUGAUACGGGCUAAGCAUGACUUCAGUGAGCAUAUUUGGGAAUUUGAAGAAACUGAGGUUUCUUUAGAUCUUAAUGAUGAAGCACCAGCGAAUGUUGAAGCAGCUGAGAGUGAGGAAGAGUUCGAGACUCCACAAGGAUCAAAUAACGUAAGCUCUACAUCAAGAAGGGGUAAGAAGAGGGUCCCUGAUCGUGGUAUGGAAAAAAGGAAGCAUAAGGUUCUCUCUAGUGCACCAAAGCAAGCGCCUUUUAACGAAGACAUGAAGGCUUUCGUGACACAGUUGUUUGAAGACAACUUCUCUGCAAUGGAAAAGAGGCUACAGAAACAGAUGUCCGAGACUUUUGAGCAAAUGAAGUCGGACCUCAUUGCUUCCCGAAAAGAAGCAAGCGUUGAAGUUGAGCAUGGAGGGCCUUCACCUUCCAAGGCAACAACGAGCCAACCACCGUUGAGGAGGUCCACACGAGGGGAAGCAAUCGCGAGUCCAGUUAAAUUCAGUCAAAAUGAUGAUAUCUUUCGAGGGAUAGGUACUCAAGGCGUUGAAAAUCUUUCUCAGGCUUCGCAUGUGCCUGAAGUUGAUCCAUCUCAGACAGAUAAAGAAGAAGAUUGGUGGACUCCAAUGACUACAGCACGAGGUUCAGCACAGUGGAAGAAAUGGUCUAAAGGAAAUGGCAAAGGACCUCAGCUUAGUGAUACACCAUUGCCACAAGAUGAUUCUCCUGAGUCGCAACUGUAUUAUUUCUCUGAAGAAUCAUGGGACAGAUUCACGCAAUGGUCUAUGAAUCCCAUACCUUUGCAAAUUGGUCCUACAAUCUUCAAUUCGACUGUAGCUACAAGGAUAGUAUGUGCUGGAAAAUGGCUUGGGAACGACGAAAUGGAUGCUUAUAUGUUUAUAUGGAGAGUUAACACAUCUUUGGGACGUUGGGGCCCAACCCGUGUUGCUUUCAUGUCCGCUAUUUUCAGCCUCCAACUCAACGCCGCAUACAAUGUGUUCCACCCUGACAAGAAAUCUUACCAAUUGCCUGAGUUUCUUCUUGGUUACGGGAGAGGAGAACUUCCAUCUCAUGGGCGGACUGAUCUAGUUUGGGGCGUUGAUAUUGAUCGUUUAUACUUUCCGUUGUUUGUGAACGGUAAUCACUGGAUUGCUGUCACCGUAAACAUCAUUGAAAGAAAAGUGGAAGCUUUUGAUUGCGGUGGGAGAAGGAAUAAGAAUAGGUAAUCCCUUGAGAAGUUUGCUCACAUGAUUCCUAGGAUAGUGAAGGCCGUUGC